AUUUUGCAGUCGAAUCGCGUUGUUCGUUUUGUUCGUCUUCUCUCCGUUGAUGUCGUGUGUAAAUUUUUGGUUCUGGUGUGUGAAAAAUUGAGUUGGACCAGCAGAAAAAAGUCACCUUAUUACCGAACAAUCCGGAUCGGAACCAUCGGAUACGCAGGGAUAGUGAAAGUGAGUCCCCGAUGGGCUAACGGGCGCGUAGUGGAAAAUUUUUAGCCCCAUUGGGUGGUGUUUCUCCAUGAUGAUAAUGGUUGAAAAAGUGUGAAGGACAACGAGAAAGUUUGGGAGUUGCCAAACAGCAGCAGCACCACUAGAUAGAAUUGCCAGCAGCAGUUUAAAAAAAGAAGACACACGGGGAUGGAAAAUGUCUGGUGAUUGAUUCGACGAGAGCCAUCAGUUAAGGAUACAGGAUUUCUGAAUGUCGCGUUCCGUUAGUCUCAUAUGGAGGAACAGUAUUGGGUUCGGUUCCAAUCGCACCAGUGUCCUAGAUGCGUAGUGAAAAUGUGCCGAAGGUGUCCAGCAUUUUCUUAUUCUAUGAACAAGAAGCAGCCUAGUCAAAUCGGACACAGAAUCAGAAGCAGCAACAGCUUCGGCCGCAAAGCACAACAACAACAACGACAGUGUGCAUGGUCGUCGUCGUCGUCAUCAUCGGUUCAUGUUUAUCACCUCGAGGAUUGUUGUCCCACUAUGUGGCGGUGGCAGUUCUAGAACACAAAUAGUCUCUUCCCGCGCGCGUUUAGAAGUGUGUUUGUGUGGCACCGAGUGGUCUAAUCAAUUAGCAAACACAUGACAAUAAUAUCUAUACUAUACACAACAUAUUUAGGUGAGCAAUCGGCGUAAAAAGAGCUGAGCCGCCCGCCGAAAGCCAGCCCAGAAGAAGAGAUAGUCAAUCUAGUAAUUCAAUCGGGGCCCGGGCGUGCGAGUGCUGAAUGAGAGUGUCGAAAACAAAAAAAAAAAUCAACGCGAAAAUAAAAUAUCAAUAGGUAUAUUAUACCGAGGGUCUUGUUAGGAAGAGGGGAAUUGUGUUGUGGAGUAUCGCGUAGAGAGCGAUAGUGUGAAAGCAGAAGUACCCCGUUUAGCGCGUCCGCGAGCAAAAGACGACGGCGAUCCAAAGUAACAAUAACCAUAAUAGAAAUAACAGUAAUAAUCUUGGAAAAAACGUGACGUGAGUGUGAUAAUCGUGUGAUUGUAUUGCCUUGGUGGAAGCGCGCUUUCCACUUGUGGGCCGCCUCCCUGUUCCAAUCUCGUUCGUUCCCAUUUGUUGUGAGACCGAGUGUCUUCACGGGACCGAGUCAGAGCCGAGGGAAACAGCGAGAGCCAUAUCAAACGAAGCGAAGGUAUGCCUAUAAUGAGGCCGGGAAGUUUAAAGGAUCCCGAGAUAGCCGAACUAUUUAACAAGCAUGACCCGGAGAAGAUUUUCGAGGAUCUGCGCGAGAUCGGCCAUGGAUCGUUCGGUGCGGUCUACUACGCCAAGUGCAAUCUCACCCGGGAGAUUGUGGCGAUCAAGAAGAUGUCCUACAUGGGCAAGCAGAGCAUGGAAAAGUGGCAGGAUAUCCUGAAGGAGAUCCGGUUCCUACGACAGCUCAACAACCCCAACACGAUCGAGUACAAGGGGUGCUAUCUGCACGAGAACACCGCAUGGCUGGUGAUGGAGUAUUGCGUUGGAUCCGCGUCCGACAUAAUCGAAGUGCACAAGCGCCCCUUGAAGGAGGAGGAAAUUUCCGCUAUCUGUGAUGGUGUGCUGCGUGGGUUGAGCUAUUUACAUGGGCUGGGCAGGAUCCAUAGAGAUAUCAAGGCGGGCAACAUCCUGCUCACCGAACAGGGCAUAGUCAAGCUGGCCGAUUUCGGCAGCGCCGCCAUCAAGUGUCCGGCCAACAGCUUCGUCGGGACCCCGUACUGGAUGGCCCCGGAGGUGAUCCUGGCGAUGGACGAGGGUCAGUACGACGGCAAGGUGGACGUGUGGUCCCUCGGUAUCACCUGCAUCGAGCUGGCCGAGCGAAAGCCGCCCUAUUUCAACAUGAACGCCAUGUCGGCCCUGUAUCACAUCGCCCAGAACGAAGCCCCCACAUUGCAGGCACAAGAUUGGUCAGAUACAUUUCGGAGUUUUGUUGAAUGCUGUCUGAAAAAGUCACCGGUGGAACGACCCCAUUCCAGUAAGCUUCUGACCCAUCUGUUUAUGACCAGGAUACGACCGCCAAAUGUGUUGGUUGACUUGAUAGCAAGAACGAAAGCUGCUGUCAGGGAAUUGGACAAUUUGAACUACAGAAAGAUGAAAAAAAUAUUGAUGGUCGAAUCCUGCGAGACUGAGAGCAAUGUGGGCGACGCAGAGGAUACACCGGACGAACAGAUUGGAGGCGACAGCAGUAAGAGUAACAGUAUAACUUCGGAACACUCAUUACAUUCGGUAGAUCAGCACGGGGGAGUGUUGCGAACUGCUUCCAGGCACCGGGUCCCUGGUGGUCCAGGACUGCCCCCGAUGCACAGCAGCAGCAUGAAUAAUUCCGGUGGUCGCGACGGGUUAAUGCUGAACGACGGCAUGGGCCGGUAUGGUGGACCGGGAGGUAGCGGUCUGGGAAGUUCCGGUGGCGCCGGGGGAAGUGGUUCCGGUUCGGGCAGUAUGGGUGCUAGUAUUAGUUAUCAAAAUUCUUCAUCUAGUCCCAUUGUACCUCAUCAUCACCCGCAUCACCAUAACCACGUGUCACAGGCGGCCGCAAAUGCGAUCGCCGAGCAUGGUGCCAACAAUUUCGCUACGAUAAGGACGACCAGUAUUGUGACGAAGCAGCAAAAGGAACACAUGCAGGAGGAAAUGCAUGAACAAAUGUCCGGCUACAAACGAAUGCGUCGCGAACAUCAAGCUGCCUUACUAAAGCAAGAGGAGCGAUGCAAGGUCGAGAUGGAACAGCACAAGGGAGCUCUCGAUAAAGAAUAUGAUAUGCUGCUGCACAACUUUACGAGAGAAUUGGAUAAACUAUCGGUUAAACAUCAGCAAGAAAUCGAACGGAGAAGUAAGCAGAACAACGUUGCCGAAAAGAAACUUUACAAGGAAAUUUCCACCCGCCAGGAGGGUGACCGGAAGGCAUUCGAGAUGCAUAAAAAGAAGGAAUACAAAGCCAACAAGGAACGCUGGAAGCGGGAGUUGUCGAUGGAUGACUCCACGCCGAAGCGUCAACGUGAUGCUACUUUACAAACGCAAAAGGAAAAUCUAAAGCAAGCUGAGGCUCAGGAAGAGCAGCGAAUGCUGCGAGUGCAGAAGAACUACAUCGAGCUCGAGAUGCGCAAGUUCCGAAGGAAAAAGAUGGUUCUGCUGCACGAUCUCGAAAAUCAACUGCUGCGAGAUGAACUGAGUAAGAAGCAACAACAGCUGGAGCAAGCCCACGGUAUGCUCAUCAAACAUCAUGAAAAGACUCAGGAUCUAGAAUACCGACAACAGAAAAGCGUGCAUGCUCUUCGGGAAGAUCAGAUAUCAAAACAACACGAGAGUGAGCUGCGGAACCAAAAAGAGUACAUGGACCGAGCCGAACGGGAGCUGUUGAGGAAGCAUGCGCUCGAACUCAAACAGCAACCAAAGAGUUUGAAACAAAAAGAGCUCCUGAUACGGAAACAGUUUCGGGAAACGUGUAAAACUCAAACGCGUCAGUACAAGGCUUUGAAAGCGCAAAUUCUGCAGACAACGCCUAAGGACGAACAAAAAGCUGUGAUAAAGAAAUUGAAAGAGGAACAACACCGCAAGUUAACGAUUUUGGGUGAUCAGUAUGAACAAAGUAUUGCCGAUAUGCUGCAGAAGCAAAGUUUGCGAUUGGACGAAAGUCAGGAGGUGGAAUGCCAUCAGCUGAAGGAUCGGCUGCAGUACGAGCUCGACAUCCUAACGGCGUACCAGAGUAAAAACCGUAUGCAGGCCCAGGCUCAGCGCGACCGGGAACGCAAAGAGCUCGAGGAUCGAGUCAGCGUGCGACGAGCCCUGCUGGAAAGCAAGAUGGAAACUGAACUGCAACAGUUCAACCAAGAGCGAGCCGAACGAAUUCGAUUACUCCGGGAACGCCACGAAAAGCAGCUCGAGGCAUUCGACGAAGAAUCUGCACGGAUGGGCUUCAGUGCACUGGCCUUAGCCGAAGCUUCCAAGGAGACUUAUCCGGACGAAGAGGGCAGCCUGUCGGGAUCGAUGUUGAGUUUGGCCCACAGUAACAGUUCGACCAGCUUCCCGGCUGGCUCGCUAUAGCACAAAGCGCGCUGCUAUAGCAUCAAUAAAACUGCAUCGUCGUCGUCGAAUCACAACUCGAUGUAGUAUGUAGUCCGGCUUUUUGCGCUCGCUGCCGGGGCCAGCUGGCACAGGAUAUUUGUAGUAGCACUCUAGAACAAACACUUUUGAAAUACAUCGACAUACGCAGGGUCCCGGUUGAUCGACAUGAUAUUGAUGUGGAGGUUGGUAAUUUUUGCUUAUUACUUUUCGUUUCGUUAAAUAUGGUGGAAAUUUGCGGAAGUGGUCCAAAGGAAGAUUUUAAAAACUGUUUGAUUGGAUAACCGAUGAAAUUUGCACAGAUAAAAGCAAUGGUACUUCUGACAAGCAGACACACCUCUACACGUAUAGGCUAUCUGUAGAGCGAGAGAGAAAUUGUUUUUUUUGUACUUUUUGUUUUAACAUUUGUUAUUGUUAGGUUUUUUUCGAGAAUUCAGGAAGAAAUAUUGUCUAUCGAACAUCAUUGCUUCAGUUUAUUGCUUGUUUUUAAACUAAUUUGAACUCUGGAAGUAAAUAAAAACAAAAUGAAAGGACUCUUCCUUCUAAAUUCUAGUCAAAUCACUCUCACUAGCUUUUCAGUAGAGCAAAACAAAAGAAAACUUUUAAAGGAAUUGGAAUAUAUUUUGCGAAGCACAUAUUCACAUCCAAUUCGGCUCGGGAAUUAAUACUCACCUAAUAAACCUUUCGAAUGAUUCCUAGUUGAUAAGAUCCAUUCGCACCCACAUUCUUCAUCCCUUCUGCCUUCUUUCUUUCUAUCGUUAGAGGGACGAGCAAUCCAUCGUGUAAAUAAUUACUUAAAUUACCUACUACUAAUAUCAGGUACUGUUUGUUUUUUUAGUUUGCGAAAAGCGAGUCGAGUUGGAAUGCAAAAGCUGUCUCGGUAGUGCGUUGACCACUUUCGCUGCUUCCAUAGGGAUCGUGCAUUUUGUACUGCCCCAUACCACAUCUGAAAUCCAAUUUUCAUAAAAAAUAUGUAUGUUUUUAUGCUGAAAAAUAUUUAUAAAUUGUUUUUUAACAGUUUUGUACUUUUGACAAAGCUGUACCCUCAUUUUAAAAAUAAAAAUUACUUUUAUUAAUUAAGCUAGUGGGUACUUUUCAAACUUAAAAUCAGCAGAAAUGUUCGGAACUGCUUCCAAAAAAGCUAAGAAAAUAUUUUUCUUCAACCCUAAAAUUCUUUCAAUAAUUUUAGACCUUGUGUUCAUACUUUUUUUUACCUAACAUGCAAAACGACGUUUGAUUUUUCAUAAUUUGAACAGCUUAUGAUGAUUCAUUGUGCGUUAAUUAUAGCGUGCUAAUAUAAGAAACAAAAAGUGAGAAGAUUUUUUCAAUUCACUCAAACUAAUGAAUAUAGAAAUUUAAAUACGACUUAAAUAAAAGAGCAUUUUAAAUCGUAGCACGUCUUAAAUCUCAACUGCUAUCAUAAGCUUCCAAAAGCGUCAUCAAUCGGGCCAAACCAAAAAAAAAGUGUAAAACAUCCUUUGAAUACUGACAAUUUCCAGUAAUGGGAUUGAUUCCCAACUGGAAUCUUUUUGGAACCAGAUUUGGGAACUGGUUCCCCAAAUAAAACAGAAAUAUAAGCUGCUCGGGCAUAUUAGAUAUGGUUUUCAAGCCAAACACAAAACUGCUAGUAGUUUGUAAAUUACAGAAGCGUCUGCACGAGAGAAGAACAAGAGGAAAUCAUUAUAGGUUUAUAUUUAUAUAACACAAGUACACACAACAUCCCCCCUAGAAGUUUAUUGUUUUCGUGCUGCGGCAGUGUUCCUCGUGUUUUGUAUAUUAUUAGUUUAGUUUAAUUUGUGUAAUAGGUAAACCCACACACACAUCCCCCCAAAAACACGAACUAUACUGCAACUUGUUUAUUUUUUACCGUUCGCAAAGAGAAGAAAACAGAUUAGGUGAAACACGUUAUUAUAAAAUGGAGCAUGUGUAAACAAGUGAAAUUAGUUAUUUAAUGUUUUAGUUAUGAAAUAAAAAUUCGAAAGUGUAAAAUCAAGAAAACAAUAAUGUAUUGUAAUUCUCUCACAAUUACUAAAGUAACUAUUAGAUAAACUAAUUUAAUUCAAAUCAGACGAGAAGUAUAUCCAAAAAAAGUGAACAAACACACAUACAGCCGCACUCAUACAGAAACGAAAUUAUAAUUAAAGAAGUUAUGCAAAAUUAAUGCUACUAGAGCUUUUUACCUUUACUAUGAGACAGUGCGUAAAUACUAUUGACUAAAUUGAGAUAUAAACUGCUAAAGCAGGAAUAAAAAAUAUAUAGAAACACAACACUCAAACUCAUUUCUAGGUAACAAUCAACCUGUCUAAACGAUGUGCUUUCUCUAGAGAGCAGGAAUGGUCAUUUUAAACUGCAAAGCUUACCAAACAGUUUCAUUUCCGAAACUGGAUCAAAACAGAAAAUUACCAACAUUAAAUAACAUCCACACUCACACAAAACAACAAGAGAAAGAUAAACUUAGAAAAUACUACACUCAUUCUCGGGAAAAACGUCUAAAAAAUUUAAUCUUUUUCAUAACAAAAUAAAAAACAACGGUAGGCAAAAGCAAGGCAAUUUUGAAGCUGCAAACAACCUAAAAGUAUAUUAUAAAUCAUCGAAACCGAUUGUGCUAGGCAACAAUACAUAGAAGCGUUAUCAAAAAAAAACUUUGAGCGAAAGCAAAAAUCCUCAGCAUGGAUAAAAUAAAAUUAACAUACAAGAAAAAAAACCCAUAGCAAACGCUCAGAGCAAGUAACCAUUUUCUCGGAACAUUUUUAGGAACCACAGCUAGUAGCCACACAGACACACAGGAACCCAAGUCAAGCGACAAUGGAUCCGGGGGGUGGGACGAAAACUUUGCCCUUCACCCUUUUCCCAUUCCCUUAAACAGAAGUUUAGUAGUUGAUGAGUAGUUUGAGUGUCUGGUGACGAAAACAUUCGAGAGAAAUCCCUUACCUUAUACAAAACAAAAAAUAACUACCAAUAACGGUCAGGUCAUGAGGAGGCAGAUGAGGGAAACUCGCAACACAGCGAGAUAACAUUAAACAAAACCAUGAAUGCAACUGCAAUGAUGUAAACGCGCUGAUUUAUGAUUGAUAGAAUGAUAAUAAUAAUGAUAAUAAAACAAAACUAAACCAAUUCAAAAAUUUAGAAAUUGUA